UUUAGUAGAGGUGACGUGUCUGUCUGUCUUUCAUUGGGUGGACGCUCGCGUUUGCUCUCUUUCUCAGGUUUGAGUGAGCUGAAGUGGAUUUCGCUGUGCAGGGAUCAACAUGAUGCGGGUUAUAACAGCUAUUUUGGCUCUCUGUCUGGGUCUUUGUGCAGCUGAGACUUGUACAGAUCCAGUUAUUUCUCCGUCUUCAUACACGACGACAGAUGCUCUCAUCUCUUCUGAGACUGUGUUCAUAGUUGAGUUGAGUCUUGCGUGUGCAAACGGAGCACAGAGUGUUGCCUUGUAUGCAGAUGUCAAUGGCAAACAGUUUCCUGUGACCAGAGGCCAAGAUGUUGGUAAAUACCAAGUAUCGUGGAGUGUUCCCCACAAACAGGCCAGUUCAGGCACAUAUCAGGUUAAAUUCUUCGAUGAGGAGUCCUACAGUGUCCUAAGAAAGGCUCAGAGGAAUAAUGAAGAUGUUGAUGCCAUCAAGCCAUUGUUCUCAGUGAAUGUGGAUCAUAGGGGUGCAUGGAAUGGUCCCUGGGUGUCUACAGAGAUCUUGGCUGCACUGAUCGGCAUUUUGGUGUACUAUCUGGCCUACAGCACCAAAAGUGCUAUCCAGGCUUAAUCACACAUACAGCAGUAAAGAUGACAUGAAAGACCAUAAACUUCCAUACGAUUUUUAUGUGCUCCGUUUCUCCAUUCUUUCAUUGUAAUAUGCAAAUAAACCACUGGACUGUUUCGUUACUGGGUUUAAGUAUGAGAUAUUGACAAUAAUCAGAACAGUCGAAGUUGGUGUUUUGUUUUUCUUUUCUAGCAAAUUGUCAAAAAUUUGGUGUCUGUGCUUUAUUAAUAUUAAAAAGAACAAAGACUAUGAAUAGUGUAUGAUAUCAUCAUGGUCCAGUUCUGUAUUUUGAAAUGUCCCAAAUAUCGAUGAAAUUCAUUGAAUAUGGGAAUAAAAACAUUUUCUGAAACUC